AUGUUGGCAACUUUGUUUACGGUAUUAAAAAUGGUCACCGUGCUGUUUGUAAUUGUAACCAAUGUUUUGUGUGUGUCCAACAAUUGCUGAAUUAAAUUUAGAUAGAUGUUUCAGGAAACAUAAACAUAUAUUAAUGAAGGAAUGAAUCAUAUUGAUGAAGAAUAUAAGCCUUGUGCAGCCAGCCAAACUGCAAAUCAUGAUGGGUUAGGCUAACCAUACAGGCAUCGCAGCUAUACUCGGACAUCUCUAACAGACAGAGUCCUUAGCAGUUUGGUCUGCUUGUCGUGCAAUGGAAACACAACGCCACUGGCAGUCACAGUAAUUAAAGUUCACUCAACGGGAAAAACAAAGCUGACUGUGUGUCUGGAGAUGGAUGAUGGCUCUCAAAAACUACUGGAUGUGAUUGAUGACCCAUCAGCUCUAGAAUCAUUCCUUGGAUUAAGUGCAGCUGCUGCAGGUGAAGUAAUACAGAGUUCAUCACGGACCACACUGGAGAGUCUAGUGGACUCACUGCAGCAGGGGCUGUUGGACCCCAGCACUACUGCAGGUGGUGGGGGCACUUCUGCACGACAUGCAUCUACCGGCAACCCUCAGACUGCGCCUGCAGGUUCUCUUCUCCUAACACAGCACCAGCUUCAGCAGUUACAGCAAUUCCAGGCAGGGAAUGCCACUGGGCGCCCACAAGGCCAAGCUGUUACAUUCACCCUGCCGCCCCAUAGUAAUGCUGGCCCUGUUGUGUCGUCUUCGGCAUCUGUGGUCACUUCAUCAUCUUGCAUCCCUGUAUCCACACAUCAUUUUGUCUUGACUCCAUUUCACCACACAGGUGGGGGCACCACACCCCAGUCCCAUCAUCCUCCACACCCAAUUACCUUGAUUAAUUCCCCUGGUCAACAAGGUAGUGGAACACUAGUCAGUGCCUCAGCGUCUCAACCUUCCACCAGUUUCAUCUAUACCCCAGCAUCCUCUGCUUCCUCCUCUCUUUCUACCUCAGGUGGCAUCUCAACCACUGGGCUUCAGAUUGGGAAUCCAAAUAUUGCUAUCGGACAUGGAGGUACAAUUCUUGCGACCUCAGCUGCUGGCCUCCAUGUAGGGGGAACAGUACCUUCUACAGGGAUGCCUAUGAUUGGGUCGACUGUUGGAAACACCUCCAUGCAAGCCCUUGCAUCAAAUUCAGCAGCAGGUGGUAGCAUAUUUGGAGCAUCCAUCUUACCAGCUCCAAACUCCUCAACUGGUGGUGGGGUUCUAGUGGGGCCAUCAGGCACAACAGUAUUUACACCUGCCCUCACUACAAAUGCCAUCUCCAGCCCUGGAUCCCCUUUUUCUGUUCCUACAAGAUCACCAGCACCCCAUGCCCCACCAACGCCUUCACCCAGUCCAUUACCUCUUAGAUCCCCAGCAUCAGUUCCAUCACAUCAUCCCCCUUCACCUGCCCCCAGUCCGUACCACUCCCAGUUGCAGUCCCCACAACAGCAGCAGCAGCAACAGGGUAGUGCUGCGAACACGCCGUACAUCCUCUCUGCAAGUUCCACGCACCCCACUCCCACAAACCUGCUGAAAGAACACUAUGGCAACUUGCAGCCACAUGGUGUUUCAAAUUCUCAGACUCCCACCAGUUUUGUGCUGUCUACUGCCAGCACCAAUUUUAAGAAUGUGUACAACAUGCAACAGCCAUCAUCUCAGCCAUCCGUUGUUGUGUUGCCACAACAAAGAUCUACCAUGUCAGGCAGUAAUACAAACACAUCACCGUCUCCUGCACAGUCCCCAUAUUCAAACCUCCAGUCACCAGUUGCACAACAAAAUACUGCUAUGUUGAACCAUCAUCUUGUCCAGCACCUUGGCAAUAACAGUGUGGCGCCAACAAGAUCUCCAGCCCCUGGAGGAACCCAGACUGGGGGUACCAUGACUCCUGGUGGGGCUCUCACACCUGCCCCUUCUCCUUCCCCACAAACCAGAACUGCUGCCAGUCCAGUGAUACGGUCAACUACUCCUCAACCAGCUGUUAUACAUCAGACCUUACCGACUGGACUGGCACUUCCUGGAGCAGGUCAGUUUCCAGUGAUGCCACCAGGCUCGACAGCCAUGCUGCAAGGAAAUCAUCAACUAGUUCAAAUCAUACACCAUCAAACAUCAGCACCGCAGAGCUCUGCAUUUCCAGGCCAUACACAAAUCAUUACUACUGGUCCUGGGGGUUCUGUUCCUCUUCAGCAGAGUGGUACCACAGCCGGAGGUCCUAAACCAAAGCAGCCACCUCAGAUCUUACCGAAGCCACCAUCAGGCCAGUCAACCAGUGGAUCUCACGCCAAAAUAUCAGCAAAUUCUCGAUCUAAUGCAAACACCCAGCAUCAAGGUCUCCACACAUCACACCAUACCACAGCAUCUGCUGCUCAGGUUGUGAUCGGUCAGGCCAACCCAUCUGCAGUGAUACCUACUGCACAGGCAGGCACACUCUUACUGAACCAGGUUAUUCCAGGACUGGGAGCAGGGGGCCCUGUAUUGGUACAGCCCAACCCUAGCGGAGGUGUGCAGCUAAUUCUGCGUUCCCCAACUUCAGGCACCCAAACUACAGUGCCUCCUCAGAGCUGCCAACAGAAUCAACAAGGCAAAAGUCCCACUCCACAUCAGCAGCCAAUGUUCAUAUCUGGUGCUGCCACCGCGCAACUUCUACAGAGCACUGGCCGUCAGCAGAUGCAGCAGGUUCUUCGCCUCUUCACAUCACAGGGUCCCAUGCAGCUACAACAGAUACAGACUCCAUCAGGCCCAACACUUAUAGCUGUUCCAUCUGGCCAGACACUGAGCUUCCAACAUCUAGGGCCCCAAGCCCCUCCACAACAUACACAGAUUCCACCGCAGCCUCCUCAGGGUCCUCGAUCAUGUGCGGCUCAGCAUCAGCCAUCCACAAGCCCUCAGCAGUCAGCUACUUCCAUUAUACCAGCUGUUCAGUUGCAUCAGAGUAACAUACGACCUUCACUCAACGUUGGUGUUCCCACAUCUGGAACUGGCUGCACUCCUCAGCACAAUGUCUCUGUUAUUGGUGGACAUACCAUGUCUCUCAGUACUACGAACAAUGUCACUCCCUCCAUUAUUCACCAAAACCAUCAUCAGGUGCAGCCACCAGUCGGUGCAAUGGUGCCACAGUCACAACAGGAUGCAACACCCUCGCAACAGAAUGCCACCUAUCCCAUCAUGCGCCAUAACACACCAGUGCUACAGACACAGCAUCAUCAGUGUACUGGUACCAACACAGAUCAGACUUCCAUCUUGGCUCUGUCACCGAAGAAGAAACCUAAAAAGAAAAAGAAAAAAAAGAAAGAUGAAGAACCAAAACUGGAUCUUGCCAACAUAAUGAAACUGUCAGGCAUUGGAGAUGAUGAGGACUUAGCUCUGUAUGAUACAGAGGAACCACAGAUUUCUGCAGCCAGUCAGAGUCCUGCUCCUCUGGAGAUGAACACACAGCAUUCCCCAGUCAGUCAGCCACAGUCUGCACAGCAGCAGUCGCAGCUCAUCACACAACUCCGGUCCCCACCUCAGAUUCCACUUCAGAAUGCUACUGGUGGUACUGCUUCGCUUAGGCUAGCAGUAGAAGAUGGCCAUGUUGUAUUACAUCAUACACCCACUGACUCUCAGCAAUCUGCAGCAAAUAUACUGCUCCAGAACCUUCCAUCUGCAGUUGGCCAGCAACACCACAGUGUUGCUACAGCUCAGAACCAACUGUCAGCUCUGCUUGCCAGUGGGAACUGUGGCAGUACUCCCACCACUACAAGUGGUGCCAGUAACCAUGUUGUUCUUUCCCAGCUGCUUCAGACAUCACCAUCAGGGCUACCACCUCAUUUGAUAUCUACCAGCACCAACACUUCAACAACCAGGAGCACAAACUCAGCAUCACCGAGUCCUCAGCUCAGUACUUCAACCAACAUUUUGCACCCACAGUCACAAGAAAGGUUUACAGUGCUCCAGCAGCAGGGUGGCAAGUCUGGAUUUCUGAAGGAUGGAUUUAGCUCUCCUGAAAUGACAAAUUCUAGUAUUUCACAGCUUACUACAUCUAUUGCUGGUAAGGUAGACAGCAUCUUAACAAACUCUACUCCUGGAACAUUCAGUAUUCAAGCAAAGUGUCCAGGGACUAUGGGCUGUUCCAGUUUCAGGGAUGGCUUUGUCCAGCCAGGGAGUAACAAAGUGGACUCAUCUAUAAACACAUGUCAAAAAGCUUCUCCCACACCAUCCCCAAGCCUGAUACUUUCAUCCCAUGAUAAUGCCACCAACCUCCUCUUGGCAAAGUCUCCGCACCAGCAUACUUGCCACCAGGAGGUAACACUGAAGCCUCCUCAAGAUAUGCAGAAACAUAGUUCGGCCACAACGCAAACUGAGCUCAUUCACUCGAGCAUCCAUCUUGGGCCAAAGCAGCAUGAUCCUGUACCAUUCAUCUCAGCUCCUAAAGCAGGAUCAGAUGCUGGUACAACAUUCCUGGGCCUCCACCCUUUCUCCAACAUCCAUGGUUUGGUUUCUACGACAGCAGGCAGCAUACCUCUUGUAACAGCACCGGUGAUGACCUCAGGAGGUGGUAGCUUUGGGGGAGAACAAUUAUUAAUUGCACACCAUGGUGGAAUGUCUGUUUUAGCUGCCCCUCAGCUUAUCCAAUGUCUCCAGCAAGCUCAGAACACUGCAACACCUGGGAUAAUCAACAUGCCUCAGCUUCAUCUUGCUCAUAGUGCUAUAAGCAAGGCUAUUGGACAGGGACUUGCUUUCAACACACCAACAGGAACAAUUUUAAUAGGUGGAAGUCCAGAGUCUUUCAGUACUGCAGUGAAUAACCAGCAUAAACCAUCAAUUAUGACAGCAACAAAUAAUACGACCACCAAGUUACUGCCUCAGCAGUCAUCAGUUCUUUUGCAACACUUAAACACAGGAACAGCGAGUACUGUGCGGAGGUGUAGUUCAGACUCAAGCAAUUCAAAUAUUUCAAUUGGUUCACCACCACCAAUUGGAGGCGGAUCUACCGGUGGUACUACUGCGGUCAUUGGACUUAUCAACCAACCAGUGGUCAACCAGAGUACUUCAGCAACCUCUGCCAGCUCUGGCGCAAGAAAGAAUCAACAAUCAAUAGAGACACAGACUAUCUCCUUAGGUAUUCCCUCCACCACCAGCCUUCAGACAGCAUUCCUAGACAGCAUUGUGCAUACACAUCCAAAUUUUGUCAAACUUGUUCAGUCCAGUACAACAGCAGUGCUUUCUGGCAAGAAGAAAAAACAGAAACAGCCUCGCACAUCAAAGAUCCUCCCAGUGGUAAGCUCUUCUAACAUCAUUGUAAACAGAGAGUGCAAUAGUACUGGCACAUCGACAGAUCCUGUGAAGAGUCCACUGCAAGAGAGGAACUUUGGUAAACCUAACACUGUGUGUCAGGGUACACAACACAUUACUCGCACAACGGGAAAUGAUGCCUCAUAUGUUACUGCAUCACCAUUCACUUUGAUGCAGCAGUCUGUACAAGUGUCUGCUGUUAGCUGUAAUACAAGUAACACAAACUCAAUUCCACCUCUGACCUCUAUCUGCCCAGUUGUGCAGAACACCCCAACAAAUAUUUUGUGUCAGGUUGGCAGUACUGCUACAUCUACAGCAACAACCAUGGCAACGCAUCAGUCCGUCAUGUCGAAGGUGGCAGCAAACCUCAGUGUUCAGACUGGGACUGCUGAUGUGUCUACAAGUAGUGGGCAUCUCCACCUGCCACCCUCCACAAGUAAGCCUGGCAUGCAACACCAUUGUGUCGCAUCACAGACGGUUUCUAUGCAACAACCCCAGAGUGGCAUGGUGCCACAUCUGGUGCCAAUACCACCUGGGGGCAGUACUAUAUCAGGUGGCAUGACACAGGCUACAUCAGUUGGAAUGCAAAGCAUUAUACAGAAAGUGCAAACCAUUCAGCUCACACCCCAAAACCAGAAGCGUUUGAAGGCAGUGCAGAUACAGAUUCAGUCUGUGACUUCAAAGAGGAUUCUAACUGCAGUUGACCAAGCAGCAUUGCACAGACUGUAUGAUGAGCAGCAACACAUCCUUCUCACUGGAAAAAUUGUCCCUACAAUUCCAGGCCAGCAUGCUUUGGGAGUGCCUCUAAACCCUGAUGCCAUUCCAUCAACUGUUGAUGGAAAACUAAAGUCGCAAGUGGAAGUUGAAAUCAGCACUGCCAACACUCAUCUCACCAAUCUGCUUCGACAGCAGCUGGCGGUGCCACACCAAAGUACUCAGAUGCCUGUGCGGUACCAGCAUCAGGUUGGCAAUCAGAUCAUCCCACUCACUCCUGCCAACCUGCAACAGAAACCUGUACCGUCCAGUAGCGUAGCCACAACCACUACAACGGCCAGCACUGUCACCACAAGGGCAUCUAUUUCUGUGCAGUGUGGUACCCACCUUUCACCAUCAGACAGUCUUGUUCAGCAGCCAGCUGGGUUGGCCACCCAAACACUUCCCAAACUGUCUGUCGUUCAACCCAUGUUGCAGACAACUGGAAUGCCCACAACUCCUGUGUCUUCGACACAACACAGCAAGAGCACAGGACAGCCCAGUAGUUGUGAAAAGGGGACAUCACCAUUGCAAGUUCAGGUUGGCACACAGACUGCUUUACCAUGCAUAGAAUCAUCAUCAUCCUGUUCUCCACAUCUGUCAGUGGCAACUUCAGCUUGCAGUGGAAAGUUAUCUCCAGGUGUUACACCCUCUGUCUCUGCAUCCAGUACAAACAAACUUUCACCAAUGUCUGGCCAGCAGCUGUUCUCACCAGGAAAGGUUCAACCCAUUUUUGUGGCUUCAACAGCAAGUACUAAGGUUCAGCAAUCAUUCUCUCCAUCUGGCUCCAGUAAGCCUAGCAGUCAGCCAGCUGUUCUGGGGUGCAAGGUGCUUGCCAGUGGUGGAAAACCCCAGGCUGUUGUUGCCCCUGUCUCACCUUCAGGAAGUACAUCCAGUAGAUCAUCUCCAGCUAUGGCUACUGUACCUAGUGGGACAUCUGCUACAAUAGUAAUGGGUGGCAUGACUGUAGUGGGGAGUGGGAAGAGGCCGGCUGUGGCAACAAGCCCCAUCAGAUCCAUUUUCAGUAGGAGUGACUUAAUUGAGCAACAGCUCAAGACAGACCAGGGUGGUGCAUGCAUGCCUGACACCUGCACACCAUUUCAAAGUACAAGUGAUGCCUGUAAGCGCCUGAUUCGUUACCACGUGUUCAAUGAACAGCUCCUUUCACAGCAAGACUUGGAGAAGGCAGACGAGUUUUUUGAGGCAACUGCCAAACAUCUGUUGGACAAGUUUCGCCAGAUGAUGAAUAAAUAUCGCUACCUCCUACUUAUGGAAAGCAUGCGUGAGGUGAAUACCUCGGAGCUGAUGAUGAUCGAUCGCAUGUUCGUGGCAGAGGAGCAUGGCCUAUUAGAACGCUUGAAGGAAGAAGAGCGCAGGGCAAAGGAGGAGCUAGUGGUGCCAGCUGAACAGCAGCCAUCAUCCCCAUCUCCAGCAGAAGUCCUGUCGACUGUCAAGACAGAACCAGGGCUGCCAACGCCAGGUGGAACAACUGGUGAUGGACUGAGAGAAGUGCGUGUGCUGGUACGGGAUGUCAUGAAGAACGAGUCUAUCAAACGUGAGCUAGAGGAGGAAAGGAAGUUCACCAUUGUGAAGCGAGAGCGUCUUGAUAGUCCUGCGAGUAACAAAGAUCUCCACCAAGCUUAUGAUGAGUGGGAAGAGAUACAAAAGGAACUAGCGGUGUACUGUGGUCCUAAUAAUAUUUCUGCUGCUGCCAGUACAGGAAAUUCCACUCUCACACAUGCUGUAAAGGUGGAAGAACAAGAAACACCUUUGCAGCCAACAGAUCAUUUACAUCUCUCCACUGUGGGUGGUAUAAAGACAGAGUGUGUUUCUGUUGCUUUAGACUUGAAGCAUGCAGAGGCAGAGGGAAAAGUGCAACCACAAAGUGAUAAUGUUGAUGCUGUACAUAAACUUCCUCCAGCAGGAUCUCUGGGAACAAAGGCAAGGUCUGGGGCAUGUGGUCCCAGAGAUGAGGGAGGAGGGCUGGAGGAAGAAGUUAACAGGACUCUGUGUGGUAAAGAUGGUGUUGGGGAGAAGAGGAAAGAAUUCUGUGAUACAAGUGUAGAUGGUAUGACAUCAGUUGGACACAGGAAGAAACGGCACAAACAUGGUUACUCGCCUCAGCAGAAUGAAUGUGCGGAUGAUGAGGAUGACGACAUAAAUGCGCAAGUACAGUGUGCCAUAAACAGCAUUCUUAAUCUUCAGCGGUCGGAAGAUGGCUUCGAUAUUCGUCCAAGUGCCACCACGCCUUCGUCUGAAAUGGGUGUGGAUGAAGGUUUAGACUGUGAGGAUACAAGGCAAUAUCCACAUGCAGAGCGGACAGAAUCUGCUGCCAGUUCCUCUAAACCAUGCAGUGGUAGUGCUAAUGAAAUGGUAAGAGCAAGGCAUAAACGUAACAGUGCGACUUGUAAAACAGUGGAUCAGCAGGUUGUGAACCACCAUGAGGACAGUGGUGUUGGAAACACCGACUCAGCCUUAGAUGAGGCUGUGAGAAGUAUACUGACAUCCUGACCUCUGGAUGUGCAGCAAGCUCUUACGAGCUUUGCUCCUCCUGGAGUGUUGAGUAACUGGUCUACACUAUGUUAGGGGUUGAAAAAGUUCUUGGUAGUGAUCAUAACGCUAGUUCAUUUUUACAGAUGUCCAUUCUGAAAUAUGAUUUGUUAGAUUAUUAAUUUUUGGGGCUGGACAGAAACCUUACAUUUUAAGGUAGUGCACUGAGAUAAUUGUGUUUUUUAAAGCUUUUAUCGUCUUUCUCAGUUUAUACCUUUGUCGAGGAACUUUUAUACAGGUAAGGACAUCUUUCAUUUUGAAAAACGUUUUGUCUUCUUUGUUUCUUAUUGAACAAGGAACGGAAUUGUACCUGUUACUUCUUCCUAAGACAUUCCCACUUUAAGUGGGAACUGUAAUUGUUACAUAAAAAUGAACGUAAGCAUUGAUAUUUGAUGCUUUAGACUCCAGUCAAGGAAUCAGAUACUUUAUUUUUUAUUUAUUUUCUUGUUUCUUAUAUGACUUCAGCAGCCACUAUUGUACAUUCUAAACAGACACUGAGCAGAGUGAAUGAGAACAGUAUGCUCUGUGCAAGACAGCAGUUCCUAUAUUCAGAUAUUUUAUAAUAAUUUACUCUUUUACUGCUUGCAUAGGUUUUCUUUUAACUAUUUUGUGCAGGUCUGUGGCAAUGAUUCAUUACAUUUUACACACACAAAACCAAUAUUUGCAUGUAUGCAUACAGGGCAGAUUAACAUACAAAGUUUAGAAAGUGUGAUUCAUCUUCAUAGAUUGUCCUUAAGUGUUUCUUUCGCCUUGUUCAGAGAGUUUAUGCAUAAAAACCAAAAUUUUGUAUGGUUCUCCUCAUAUAAUGUGAAAAUGGCAAAAAAGAUAGUUCAGUGGAAUGAAUAAGUAUAAUCAGAAGGUUUUCAAGAAACCUGUAAUUUCCAAAUUAAUUGCAGGCUUAGUGAUAUGGAAAGUUUAAUUGAUCAGUUUCAGCUUAGUUUAAACUAGGAAGUUGAUUUUGUCAAAAUUUUGCAGUUGUAGUAAAGUGUGUGUGUGAAUGUCAUCCUGUUAGUAACAUUCACCUCAGUGUGCCAUUGAUGUAAAAAAGCAUAAAUGCAUAGUAUGUGUUCUUUAUAGAACAAAAUACUCCUGUAUGUAUUUCUCCUUCAUUUCAUAAAUGGUUAUUUUCAUUUGAAAUUAA